AUGACUGGGCCAUGGAGCACUACAGGAAUCCUGGCACAACUUCUUAUUCCCACUGGCAACAACCACGCAUUACUGCUAUUCAUGCUGGAAUAUUCGAAGAACUGUGCUAUCUCUUUCGGAGACAGAAUGUCUCUUUGCGCCUACAAUUACACGGAUAGACGCAAUAUUGUAAUGACCUAUCUUCGCCGCAUCCGAGUUCUCGACCUGUUUCUUCGUCCCGAUAUUGGCAUGGACGAAUGCAUCGGCCUGGUACGCGAUAUCGCUGCGCCGGGUGCUGCUCCUCAACUAGACGUCCUUAAACUUGCAAUGACCGACCAUUUCGGUCUGAAUCCGACCGUCACGCUGGCAGUACCACUACUGCCGGCGUCUUUGACAUCUCUCACGCUUCGGGAUUGUGUUUUCGUACCCCUCGCCGACUGCCCGCCACUCAUUCACUUGACCCACUUCUGCUUGGAGGAAGACGCCAGGCAUCAUCGUCGAUCGAGUCGAGGCAUUCCGCUAUAUGAUGCCCUCGACAAAAUGCCCAGCCUGACACACCUUACGUUCCGGCAUGGAACCUACGACCUCCGCGACCAGGCGGAGCCUCUCCCUCGAGCUCAGCCCGUCCACCUGCCACAUCUUGAAUUUUUCGAUUUCUAUGGCACUUCAUCCUACUACCUCGACAUCCUCCCAAACCUAUCUUUUCCGUCUUCGGUCGUCAGAAACAUCCACCUAAAUGAACAACCACCGCGUCUGGUCCCCUUUUUCGCAACCAGCGUGGUCAAAGUCCAGCGGAAAAUUUACGUGGAUACGGUCUGCAACGAACUCUCCGAUGCUUUCGAUAACUGGCGUUACAGUCAGGCCAUGGUCGGAACCUACCAGGUCAAAUUUUCUCUCAACAGUGUCGUCGCCGGAAUCGAGGAAUCGCUGCAGCUCACAGCAGUGAUCACAUCAUCGGCCACUCAACAGCCUUCCACCCCAAACGCUGCCAAUCCCGAGCUCACCGUUCUCACUCUCCAGCUCGACGACUACUCCGACGAAAUUAGCGACGUCCUUGACAUCUUCGAGAAAAUCUCCGACUUCUUUCCAACGCAUAUCGUGGACUCUUUCCACUUCGAGACCAACAUCGAAGAUCACAAACUCGAGAUGUGGGAGCCUGCCUUGCUUGACUGGGAAGAGGUCAGAGAUGUGAAGCUGGAGGGCACCGGCGCUGCGCAGUGGCUGAUCCCGUGGCUUAUGGAAAUUUAUGGUACGGUAACUGCUCAAGAGGACGGGAACGGAGUUCAGGGGCCGAAGGGGGGGACUGAGGAAGUCCAGGGCUUGACGAGUACUCCUGACGUUUUCCCGAAGAUGACGAUUUUGUCUCUGCACAGGAUUAGGAUGAAUGAAUGUUGGCCGAGGAAUGUCGUCUCUAUCAUGGACGUCCCUAUGGACUUUGAUUGGGCAAGCGUGAUGAUGAUGUUGACACAGAGAGCCAGUUGUCAUGAUGGGUCAGGGAAGGAUGUUCAAUCGCUGCGUCUGCAGAUUUUGAAGUGCCAGGUGAGGGAAUGGAGGGUGAAGGACAUAGUGAAGAAGGGAUGGGUUCAGGACGGUAUGCUUGAGUGGGAUGGGGACGAAGGUGAAGACGAAGAAAGAGAGGAUACCCAUUGA